CAAAAUGUCUGCAGUGGCGUGGCCAUCCCUCCAUCCUCCUUCGGGGACGAGCCGGCCAUGUCCCCGAGAGCGAGGCAAAACGGCUUGUUGCGGGAGCGUCGCUUCGGUGUGCCCAGCCCAGGUUUACCCCAGCUUCUCAUUCCCACAAAUCCCAGACCCAGGCCAUGGGGCCCCAGACAGACCCAUCGUCGUCGCAUUUUCCUUUUGCAGUCCUCGUGAACCGAUUGAUUGUGUGGGUUGGUUGGGUACCUGUAGCCGAGACGAUUGGACUUGGGGGACCUGCUGGUGUUUACCCGCGGGGGGGGGAUGAGGGUUCAAUCACGGCGGCUACUACUACUUCAAGGGCGCGCGGAGACGGACUGAUCGUCGGUGUUGGCAUCUUUCAAGUCAAGUCAAACAAGCUUAAAAAGGGCACACGCGGGGUUCGUUCAUCACUUCUUCUUUCCCCCCUCCUCCCACGCGACCUGCAGUUGAGCUGCUGCCCCAGAUUCUUGGAGAGAGAAGACUCCUGGGUGUGUGCUUGUACUACUGCUGCUGCUGCUGCUACUGCGACGGCUUGUUGUCGUAUUAACGACGACGACGGCGACAACGGGAACAACCACGCCGAGAUCAGAGACACCAUCAAAAUCAUGACUGCUGAUGCUGAUGAUGCUGCUGCUGGCUCCAUCGCCGUCAGCGGCUCCCCCUCCCGCAAGAGCCCGCUGCACAAGCACAAUGUCGCCAACAGGCUCUACAAGAGCUCCCUGCUCAACACGGUGUGCAUCGUCGCCGGCAUCUCCAUCUUCUUCUUCGGCUACGACCAGGGCCUCAUGGGCGGCGUCAACACCACGCGCGACUACGCCGAGCGCAUGGGCUUCGGCCACUACUCCGAGGAGCGCGGGCUCGUCGUCGUCGACAGGCCCCUGCUGCAGGGCGGCAUCGUCGCCGUCUACUACCUCCCCGGGACGCUCGCCGGCUGCCUCCUCGGCGGCUGGCUCGGCGACAAGUACGGCCGCAUCUGGACCAUUGGCGUGGCCUGCGUCUGGUGCAUCGUGGCCGCCGCCCUCCAGUCCGCCGCCAUGAAUGCCAACUGGAUGUUCUGCGCCCGCGUGUUAAACGGCAUCGGCACCGGCAUCCUCAACGCCAUCACCCCCGUCUGGGCCACCGAGACGGCCUCCCACAAGUCGCGCGGCCAGUUCGUCGCCGUCGAGUUUACCCUCAACAUCUUUGGCGUCGUCGUGGCCUACUGGCUGGAAUUCGGCACGUCCAAGUUCCACGACCCCACGUCCUCCUUCAUCUGGCGCUUCCCCGUCGCCUUCCAGAUCGUGCCCCUCGUCUUCCUCUUCUGCAUCAUCUGGUACAUGCCCGAGUCCCCCCGGUGGCUCGUCAAGGCCGGCCGCGAGGAGGAGGCGCGCUACAUCCUCGGGCGCCUGCGCGGCGAGCACGGCGACGACGCCCUCGCCGCCGAGGCCGAGUUCCAGGACAUUGUCAACAUCCGCGACCUCGAGCACGACACGGCCGCGCAGCAGAGCUACCUGCACAUGCUCUUCGGCGUCGGCUCCGGAAAGCUGCACACGGGGCGCCGCGUCCAGCUCGUCGUCUGGCUCCAGAUCCUGCAGGAGUGGAUCGGCAUCGCCGGCAUCACCAUCUACGGGCCCGAGAUCUUUACCAUUGCGGGCAUCAGCUCCAAGGACCGGCUCUGGGUCAGCGGCGUGAACAACAUCACCUACAUGUUCGCCACGCUCAUCUGCGUCUUCACGCUCGACCGCAUCGGCCGCCGCUGGACCCUCUACUGGGGCGCCAUCGGCCAGGGCAUCUGCAUGUUUGCCGCCGGCGGCCUCGCCCGCGCCACCAUCAACGCCGAGGGCCAGAGCAACCAGGCCCACAUCGGCGGCGCCGCCACCUUCUUCGUCUUCCUCUACACGGCCAUCUUCGGCGCCACCUGGCUCACCGUCCCCUGGCUCUACCCGGCCGAGAUCUUCCCCCUCCAGGUCCGCGCCAAGGGCAACGCCUGGGGCGUCGUCGGCUGGUCCAUCGGCAACGGCUGGACCGUCCUCCUCCUCCCCACCAUCUUCAACAAGCUCAACGAGAAGACGCUCUACAUCUUCGGCGCCGUAAACGCCCUCUCCAUCGUCGCCGUCUGGGCCCUCUACCCAGAGUCCAACCAGCGCACCCUCGAGGAGAUGGACCUCGUCUUCGCCAGCGACAGCAUCUGGACCUGGGAGGCCGAGAAGAACUUUGCCCGCCUCAAGGCCGAGAACCCGCAGCUCGUACAGGCCGCCAAGGCGGGCCACGGCGCCGUCGUCGACCCGGAGCAGGGCGUCGCCGGGUCGCGCAAGGCCAGCCUCGUGGCGAGGGACGGACAGGGGAACGCAGGGGCGGCGACGGAGAGCGGGACCAACGACACGGAAAAGUCGAGCGUCUCUCACUUGUAAUAAGGACCCGUGGGCGCAGGAUAUUUUGCGCCUAAUCACCACGAAAGAUGAUGGAUUCCCCAGAGGGUAUAUACGGGAUCGGAGCAACAACUGCGUGCUCAAGCGCUUGCAACACACAAGAGAGUAUUUCGCGACUCUUUGAAGAGGCGCCCCGGUUCUUCGCCUGGUUGUGAUACCAUCGCGAGAACUUAGUCCCGGCACGCGGUGCCUUGUAUAUGAUUCGAUACAUGAUCCAAAUGCCAAAAAUGCGGCCCAGCCACACCUCUAGACGUGAGAUGAUCUCAUGUCUUUGGUCUCUAUGACGAGAUGAUGCCCCGCCGUGUAUGCCAACCAACUACAUCGUCGAUGGCCAAAACAGACUGAAACCCAAAAAAAAAACUCCAAAAUCUAGGACUCGCGAGAUCACAGCGUC